AAUUUAGAAAGAAAGAACUUAAUUUGGGCUCUCUCUCUCUCUCCCACACUGUUCAUUAUUUGAUAUUGGUCAUCAAUUUAGACCGUUGUCGAAAUCCAUAUUAUGUUUCUAGAAUUCCUAGAAAUAUAAUAAUAAUAAUAGAACACCAACACGUGGUGUGAUGAUGAAGAAAGAGAUGAAACUUGAAACAGAAAUUAUUAGCGUGGGUGGUCUGAAAUCUUUAUUUUCAAAUCCAAAAUAAUCUAUCUUACCUGCCACCCAACGCUACCAAAUAACGUGUCUUCACUCCUUCAUCAUUAUUUUUGUUUUUGGAUCAAAUUGUUCAUAACGUGUAUCUUUCUAUAAAGUAACACGUCUUUUAAAGUUGUUCAUAAAUCCCAAUUUUAUUUACUCGCUUUCACAUUCAAUCUUUAUCUUCUUCUUCUUCAUAUAUAUUCUCUCAAUAUUCGAAACAAACACAGAUUUAUUUCCUAAUUAAAACACAGAACAAUGGCCACAGUGACUAUUCCUCCGGUUCUAACUACCCCUCGUGAUGAUGCUGCUCAGCUUUACCGUGCUUUCAAAGGUUUUGGAUGUGACACAGCAGCAGUAAUCAACAUCCUUGGGCACAGAAAUGCAGCACAACGUAGUCUAAUCCAACAAGAGUAUAGAAUGAUGUACUCUACAGAACUCAGCAAGCGUAUUUCCUCUGAGCUUAGUGGAAAUGUUAAGAAAGCUGUUUUACUGUGGCUUCAUGAUCCAAUGACCCGAGAUGCAACCAUUGUGAGGCAGGCUUUGAGUACUGCAGAUGUUAUUGAUCUUAAAGCUGCUACUGAAGUAAUCUGUUCUAGAACUUACACUCAAAUUCAACAGUUUAAACAGAUUUAUUAUCAAAUUUUUGGUGUUCUUAUGGAGAGUGACAUUGAGUACCAAACAUCUGGAGAUCACAAAAAGUUGCUGCUUUCAUAUGUAUGCACACCGCGUUAUGAAGGUCCAGAAGUCGAUAGAUCGAUGGUGGAAAGAGACGCCAAAGCUCUGUAUAAGGCUGGGGAGAAGAGAUUGGGAACUGAUGAGAUGAUUUUCAUAAGGAUUUUCAGUGAAAGAAGCAGAGCACAUAUGGCUGCUGUUAGUUAUGCUUACCAUGAUAUAUAUGGUACUUCUUUAGAAAAGGCAAUAAAGAAAGAAACAUCAGGACAUUUCGAGCAAGGCCUUUUGGCUAUUCUGCGAAGCGCUGAAAAUCCUGCCAAGUAUUUUGCAAAGGUGCUACACAAGGCUAUGAAGGGUUUGGGUACAUAUGACACAACACUCAUACGAGUAAUUGUAACAAGGGCUGAGAUUGAUAUGCAGUAUAUAAAGGCAGAGUACAGAAAAAAAUAUGGGAAAACAUUGAAUGAUGCUGUUUAUUCAGAAACAUCAAGCCAUUACAGGACCUUUCUUCUUUCUCUUCUAGGCCCCAAUAAUUAGUUAUUGGGCAUUCUACGAGUUUGAAGCUUGGUUAGCUGGUACUCAUUUAGCUCUGACUAGAUCAAGAUGCUACCAAUGUGCAUAUUAUUCACUUUUUGUAACUAACUUGAAAUUUAUAUUCUUUUCUUCUUUGUUAUUUUUUUUAUUAUUUGCUUUGAUUGGAGUUUGAUUUAAGUUUGUCUUUGGAAAAUAUGCCUUGUUAUGUAAACUCUCUUGUAAUUUUCAAUUAGUAAAUAGUGCAUUGCUUUUAUUAUCCAGAAA